ACACGAAACAACACAGAGACAUUUUUGACUCCUCCUCUUCUUCCCUCCUCAGAAUCGUCCUCUGGCGACCACGAGCUUCGACUCCUCCCCUCUCGCCGCUCCUUUCACCUCCCCCCACGUCUCCUCCCUCAGCACGCUGUGGACGAGUCCCGCCACCUCCAUCUUCCUCAUCAUCAUCAUCUUCACCAUCAUCAUCAUCAUCAUCAUCAUCGCUUUCAGCACCGACUGGCCAAAGUGAUGCCGGCCGCCCUGCUGGAGUCUCACUUUCGUGAGGAGCACGGCGGUCAGCGAGCCCUCAACCUGCUGGCACGGCCGCAUCACGAGGUGCAGCCGGAGCACGCCGCCAUCUCUGCACGGCAUCUGGUUACCGUGCUUGUGUCUCUGCAGAAAAACGUCCUGCAGGGGGAGCAGAGGGAUCACGUGUGGACCCGAGAAGGUUUUUACACCGUCGUCCUCUUCUUCACCAUCUUCGUCAUCGUCAUCACCUGCUUGAUGGUUUUGUUUCGACUGAAGGAGAAGGUUCAGGUUUCUGACACAGAACUGAAAGCUCCGCCCUCUGAUCUCCACCUGACGCUCACAAUUUCCCCAGACUCCGCCCUCAGGUCAAAGGGCACAAAGGUCGUCACAUCAGGAAGCAUGGUCCAAGCUGAGCUCCCUCCAGCUUUCGCCACGCCCAUUCUCCAGCAGCAGCCAAUCACAGCCUGCCCCCGCCUCGCCGCGCCUGUCGUCCCUGUGCCCAGUCCUGCCCCUGCCACUGUCGUCAUCAGCAACGGCCGCGCCCCUCCUGCCAGCGUAGCCCCGGUGACAGCCAAUAACGAGCUGAGGCCCUGCCCCUCCCCCUUCAGGAUGAAACCUGCGGCUGGACUUCAAGAAAGACGUGGGUCUAACGUGUCUCUGGUGUUGGACAUGUCGGCUCUCGGCUCUGUGGAACCCCUCAGUGUCGCUGUCGUAACCCCCAGAGAGUCGGCGGCGAGGGAGUACCUGAUGUCCGCCAGCCGGCCGCUGACGAGGCCGCAGCUCCGAGACCUCAUCAACAACACGGAUAAGCUGCACACAGAGUUCACUGAAAUUCCCAUGAACUUCACGGAUCCUAAGGAGCUGGAUGUUCCAAACCACGGCACCAAGAGCAGAUACAAGACGAUACUACCCAAUCCUCAUUCCAGGGUGAUCCUGAAGACCAAGAGCUGCAACGACCUGCUGAGCUCCUACAUUAACGCCAACUACAUACGUGGUUACCUAGGUGAUGAGAAGGCGUACAUCGCCACUCAGGGUCCCAUGGUGAACACAGUGAACGACUUCUGGCAGAUGGCGUGGCAGGAGGAGUCGCCGGUCAUCGUGAUGAUCACCAAACUGAAGGAGAAGAACGAGAAGUGUGUUCUCUACUGGCCGGAGAGGAGGGGGAUCUACGGGAAGGUGGAGGUGUUGGUGAACAGCGUCAGAGAGUGUGAACACUACACCACUCGCAGCCUCACACUCAAGUGUGGGAAUCAAACUCGCGUGCUGCAGCAUUACUGGUACACAUCGUGGCCCGACCACAAAACCCCUGAUUCAGCAAUGCCGCUGCUGCAGUUGAUGUCCGAUGUAGAGACGGAGCGACGGGCAGCCGCCGCCAUGGGACCAGUUAUCGUCCAUUGCAGCGCUGGGAUCGGCCGGACAGGUUGUUUCAUCGCUACGACGAUCGGCUGUCGACAGCUUCAGCUGGAGGGAGCGGUGGACGUGCUGAGCAUCACCUGCCAGCUCCGAGCCGACAGAGGUGGGAUGAUCCAGACAGGCGAGCAGUACGAGUUCGUCCAUCACGCGCUGAUCCUGUACGAGGCCCGCCUCUCCGCUGAAACGGGCCAAUGAGAUUUCAGCACCACGCAGCAGGUUUUUAUCAGGUAUGAUCUGAGGUUUGGGAUUUCUCUGAGAACGAGGGACUCUGGAAGACGCUUUUGACUUUGAUGGACAACGGAUGUUGUGGGCGGAGCCUAUUCGCGGAGAGACGAAAGGUGUUCAUGUGUUGUCGGUGAGCGGCUCCUCAGAGGAACUCGAGAACCUCGAGAACUUCGUCCACUUCACUUCUCUGACUGAGAUUGUUUCAUUUUUAACUAAUCGACCUCUUUUCUGUCGCGGAGACUCGACGGCACGUUGUGGACUGUGUUCCUGUGUCGUGAAGGAGUUCACGGUUAGUUUUUUUAAAGUGUUGGGAUGUGACAGGCGAUUUGAAAAUGACUGUUAGCUGUUUGCACCUUUUGGUUAAGUUGCUGUUCCACUGUUGAACCAACGCCUCCAGCCUGUCAGUGACUUCAGCCUUAUGUUACCCUGGAAUCUGGACGCAUCGCAUUCCCGACUAUUACAGGACAAAUCUUUUAAACCAGGUGUUUCAUGGGACUUUUUCAGGUAGAAUACCAAAAAGAAAACGUGCCCGAUUCCAAUCCUUCUCAAACUGCGUUGGUAAAACCGAAACACAAAAGUCAGAUGAAGCGAUAAAUUAUUUUAACUUGAGAUGUCUGAACAUCAGAAGUUAACAAGCUGGUGAAAAGAAAUCAAAUGCAUUCAUUAUUUAUAUUUAUAUAUUAAUACUACUAUAUGAUAUGUUAGCAGCUGUGCUAAUAUGUUCAACCAGACUCCGGUCAUUAUAUGAGCCGAUACCUUGAUCAGCCAAUUAACAAACUGAAAUCAGUGAAAAAUAAACUUUUUAAUUUCUGUUUCCAGCGUCACCAAUGGAACUACCUCCAUCCACACAACUUACGCUAAAAGCUAACAAACCAAUGCAAUGCUAAACAAGGUCCUGCUAAGCUAGCUCCUGUAGUAUAACGAUCUGAUGGAGGCUUUGGUAGUUUGACGUUAAUCCAUGUGCUGCUUUGCCAAUAAAUGGAUGCUAACCUGUACGCUUAUGAGAAUAGUAGCAUGUCAUGCGAAUGCAUUAUUUUGCUAAACCACUCAUUUCUAGUAUUCUGCUGCUAAACCUGCUUUAAAAAGAGAGAAGUUUAUUAUUUCUGCACGGUUCAUAAAGGGUUUGACAGCAGCACUGACACGAUCUCCUCCAUCGUUUGAAAAGUUCAAGUUCAAACAUCGAAUACGUUUACAUAAAAUAUGAAGCUCAAAAGUUUCACCAGUCAGAAAACAUUGAAUCCAUGAUUUCAAUGAACAAUGUCGAGUUAUCUUAGUUUAUUUAAGUCAAGUUUUCGGUGAAGGGCCAAAUAAAGUUUGCUGAGUCGUUCCCAGAAGAAUCAUGAAGAAAACUUGCUGCUGGUCUCAGAGUUUACAUUUAGUAAAGACGUGUAGUCGCAUUGACAAAUCCCCUGUUGUGUGAAAUAUUACUUUAAUACCAAAAAUGUGAAGCUAUAGAAAUCACAACGGUGCAAUCAUCUUAUUGAUGUGAAGUUGUAAAUUAUGUAGUGAGUUAUAUCGGUGUAUCAAAGUAAUAAUAACUUUAUUUUUAUACAGUUUUUACAUGUUUCUGAUGUUUUAGCAGCUGUUAGUCAACUCACAGGAACGAUUGUUCAAACCUCAUUAUCUCUAAAUUAUCAACUGAACCGAAGCUGGAAGGAAUUUAAUAACAUUUCCUCUUUGAUUCGGAGCAGAAACACAAACUUAUCCCUGUUUAAGCUUUUUGACAAGAAGCACUAUGUUAGAGUUUAAAUUCAAAUCGUACAUUUUGAAUGACAAACUUUGACUUUGGACUGAAAAACGUCCCAGGGUGGAGUAAACGUUUGAAACAUCCCAUGUGACGAAUCAAAGCACUGAGGUGUUUUAUUUAGAGAUGUGAGGUUUCUACAGAGAUGAACGAACAGACGUCAUCUGCUCUCGGUGUCGUUAGAAUCACUUUGUGCAGUACAUGUUGAAGUGCUAUUAAAACUUAUGUGGCAGUAACUUUACAGACCAAGGACCAAACACGUAGAACUUGCUGCUAAAACCGGGAGCGUCGGGACGGGACGGCUGACGGACAAUAAACGAGGAUCAUUUUGAGGACUCUUGUUUUUUUCUAUGUACUAAUACAUUUUUAUUUGUGUAUUCACUUGUGACACAAUCGAGGGGGUUUGGACGUGUCCGUCCACAUGUUCAGCAUCUGACCAUCAUCAACCCACUUUGGACGUGAGUCACUUCAGAUAGAAUCAGUUCAAACGCUCGAACAUCGGAGACGUGUGACGCUGAAACGUGAUAUUUAGAGCUGACUGAAGUGAAAGUGAGUUGAGCUCAAGUACAAGUACACACAAUGCCUCUGUAGUAUUGAGUGUGUCCAGCAGGUGGUGGUUGAUUUCCUGCUUUUUAUGAUGGUCGACUGUUGAUGGAGAUUAAAGGGACCCGAAACAUUUUCAUUUCAAACAGCUGCUGACACAUUAUCGAAGAACAUGUUCCAUUUAUUCACUUUUCAGUUUUACAACAUUUUGUUUCUCAUUGUUGAGUCCAGUAAUAUUUAUUGUUCAUAAUUUAAUGAAGUCAUUUAAAACAGUUGCUUUUAUCCGGAGAACAUCAGGUCAGAUGGACAAAGUCAAAUGUGCAAUUUAUCCAGUAAACUUAUUAUAAAACUGUUUUGUUUCUAUUUUCAUGUGAUCAGAACCGACAGUAAUUUCCAGAAGCUCGUUAGAGGAGAAAACGUUCGAGACGCUUCAGCAUCGGCUGGUCGAGCUGCAGUUUUUCUCUGUAUUUUCCAGUAUAAAUAAAUCCAGUUGUUUUAAAUGUUUGAAUUAAUGCUCCACACAACACGUCUCUGUUGUUAUAGCGCUAAUGUUUGGUAGCAAGGUAGUUAGCUGGUGCUAGCUAGCUGAUCACAAGUGUAAAAGCUCUUUAUUUCUCUCCUCAUAAUUAUGAUGAAAUACUUUUUUAUUGAGAUUUUAUUACUUCAGUAAGUUUUGCAUCUGCGCUGGAUUUAUUACAACAUAACACAAUACAUAAAGUCAGAAUACUCGAACUUUAUCAAACCACCACAUUCAAAUAAAAAUGUUUGAGUCUCUUUAAACUCCUCCUUCUGGGCAUUACAGCUCCGUCAGAGAAUUCCUGAUGUAUGUGUACGAACAGUACGUGUUUUUUUAUGUAUUACUAAUCAAACUGAAUGUUGUAAUAGUCCGGAACAUAAGCCACUGAGUAGUGCUGUGACCUCUAUCUACAUAUAUACUGUUAACCUGUAAUCUGUACAUAAAGACACUGGAGCUCUGA